AUGUUUGUGCCUGCUAUUGUUCUGGGACUAUUCUUCCGACUUGAAAAGAGGACGGGUGCUGGUAAUGUUACCUUGACUGUCGAUUUGGGAUACUCCAAGUACCAGGGAGCAUACGCGGCCAACGGCGUCAGUCAAUGGUUCGGGAUUAGAUAUGCUGCCCCUCCAGUUGGGGACCUCCGUUUCAGGGCUGCGGCCGACCCUCUUGUGAAUGACACUGUUCAAAUUGCUGAUACUCAUGGACCAUCAUGUCACUUCUCCCCCUCAGCGAGUUCCAAUCCAAAUCAUUCCGAAGAUUGCCUUUUUCUCGAUGUUUACGCACCUACCCAAAAUAUGACAGCGAUACUUCAUCCUGUUUUCGUUUACUUCCAAGGUGGCGGAUUCAACUCGCUCUCCAACCAGAAUUUGGAUGGCAACAGUCUGAUCAGUGCCGGAGACCACGACAUUGUCAUUGUUACUUUCAACUAUCGUGUUGGGGUCCAGGGUUUUCUUACUAGCCAGGAAGUCAAAGCAAAUGGCGAUCUCAAUGUUGGAUUGUUGGAUCAAAGAAAGGUUCUCGAAUGGAUUCAACAAUACAUACACUUGUUUGGAGGUAAUCCAAAGCAUGUGACCAUCGGCGGGGACUCAGCUGGCGGUGCCUCCGUGGAUCUUCACCUCUCAGCAUACGGUGGACGAGAUGAUGGUCUUUUCCACGCAGCAGCAGCCGAGAGUCAAUCUUUCGGAGCUCUAUUAACAGUCAACGAGGCCCAAUACCAAUACGAUGGACUUGUCCAACGUGUUGGGUGCAGCAACGACACGGAUACUUUGCAAUGCUUGCGGAAUACGGACAUUGCUGUCAUUUCCAAGAAUAACAUCAACAUUCCCACGCCCGGAGGUGCGGGCGGGAACCCGAUUUUCAUGUGGUCGCCUGUCAUUGACGAGACCUUCAUUGUGGAUUAUACCUACAACCUUUACUCCCAAGGGAAAUUUGUCAAGGUUCCCUCCAUCUUUGGUGAUGACACAAAUGAAGGCACAAUCUGGACCCCAAGUAGCCUCAAUUCAAGCACAGCCAUGGACAACUUUCUGAAAAAUCAAUUUGUCAACCUCACCCAAACCGAUCUCGAGCAAAUCAACUCAUAUUACCCCGCCGUCCAGCAAUUUCCGGGGAAAGGAGCUUUCUGGCGAGCAGCUGCAAAUGCGUAUGGUGAGAUGCGUUAUACAUGUCCCGGCAUCUACAUCAGCACCACGAUUAGCACGCAUGGUCAGCCCGCCAGUUAUAACUACCGCUGGGACGUGCUCUCCACGCGAAACGCUCAGAACGGCCUAGGCGUCCCCCACGUCUCCGAACUCUCCUCCAUCUGGGGCUCCUCCGACCCACCAGGCGACGCGCUCAUACCCACAAUCCAGGCGUACUGGACCUCCUUCAUCCGCACCAAGAAUCCGAAUACCUACAAACUGAAGUCCGCCCCGGAGUGGGCGAAGUUUGACGCCACAGGCAUGGAGAGGAUACACAUCCCGAAUGAUCCGACAAAUGUUACUAUAGAGACUGUUCCGGGGGAUCAGCGAGCUAGAUGUGCGUUCCUCAAUAGCAUAGGUGCUAGCAUAAAUCAAUAG